AUGGCGCAGACCCAACCGCAACCACAGGAGAACACUCCCGACGUGGACCCAAAAGAAUUCUAUGGAUAUUUGUUUGAUGAGAAUAAGAGUCCGACGCCAGUACUAAAUGCGCUGUUGAGAGGAGUCGCGAAUCAUAUUAUAGAGAAUGUGGGAAGUAAAGAAGAUAAAUUCCUAACGCCAGAGAAGUUGGCACUUUUCUAUAAAGCUGUUGGUGGAAAUUAUGAUUCUCUUUUUGUGGAGACGACACAUCCAUCCAUCUCUUGGAUUUAUGCCUCGAUAGGCUGUCAACAUACAUUAAACCCGACGAAAGAUGAUUUUGCCCCCCCUUCAAUACCAUGUCUCACUGUGCGAGGAUUCGUACGAUGGCAAUCGAUAGAAAUACUUUUGGGGCCCGAGGAACAUGUGCCAUUCCUCCAAACCGCCGUCCGAGAUUUCGAAAUCAAAAAUCCAGAUACGGGAGAGAGAUUCCCAAUUGAUUUGCCAAAAGAAGCGUUCCCAUUGGUGCCGGAUGCGGGAAUAGAGGAAUGGCAUCGGACGUGUGCAGAGAAAUUACGCAAACGAGCAACGCCGGAUGAUGAAGAGGAUGCUUCCACACCGGACCUCCCGCCGAGACCGAAAGUACAAGCAACAUACGUUCAUGUUCGGCCUUCGCCCAGGGUCCCAGAGCCAACACCAACAAAUGCUGCGCAUCCCCGCAGCGGCUAUUUCGAACCUUCCACUCGUGAGUCUACCCGUGAGUCUACUCGCGAGCCGCCUCGGGAAUCUACUAGGGAAUCUACUCGUGAAUCUACUCGUGAAUCCACCCGGGAAUCUACUCGUGAGCCUCCUCGCGAAUCGGCGACCCGUGAAUCCACUACCCGUCGACCCAGUCGACCUAUACCUUACACCCAUGUCUCAGCAUCUCGACCUCAACGACCCCCUCUCAACCGAUCACCCACUCAUCGGGUGCGUCAAUUUCUCGCUCCAGAAGAACCAUAUGCACCCCGUAUACCCCGCGGUCGUCAUCGCAGUUUUCCCAAUCUAAGUUCACCCGUCUCAGAGGACGCUCCUACUUUCCAUGCGCACCCCGCUCCCCCAGCCGAUCCCCACCAUCCCCAUCAUCAUGUCCCGGUUCCGGACCCGCCGCACCCCGCUCACCCGCGAAGACAUAGUCAUCCGCGACAAUCCCGCCACGCACCCAUUGUUUCCGAUUCCUCCGAUUCGUCCAGCGAUACCAGCGUGACUUCGGAUUCGGAAGACGAUCCUUCCCCGAAAACUCGCACGGUUCCGAUAAAAACAUCGACAAGUGGACGGUCCCUACCAAGACAUCCGCAAACUGCUUACAUGUCACGAAGUGCUGGAGCGGAUAGUCCUCGGGUGUUUGCAUUUCCAUCUACGGCGCCGGGUAGUACGAUGCCGUCUCCGGUUUCGGAUGCGAGGGAAAGGGAGAGGGAGAGGGAGAGACAGAGAGAUAUUGAGGAGAAAGUGAGACGGGGUCAGUAUCCGACUAACAUUGAUUUGAAUGGGAAAUUGAGCGCGCCGUUUUUGGCAGGGAGGAGGAAGAGAGAGGCGGGGAGAGGAUCGGUUGAUAUUGAUAGGGAGAGGGAGAGGGAUAGGGAGAGAGAAAAGGGAAGAAGUGAUAGUAGAGGUGUGAAGUGGAGGGAUUUGGGGGAUAUUGCGGAGAUGUGGAGGAAUGGGGGGAUGAGAGGGGAGGGUGUUGGUAGUCAUUCUCAUCAUGUGAGUGGAGGGAGUGGUGGAGAAAGUGGGCGAGAGAGUGGAGAAGGGAGGGGAAGUAGGAGGCACAGUAGUCGAGAAGAUAGGAGUGAUAGGGAUAGGGAUAGAGAUCGCGAAAGGGAGAGGGAAAGGGAUCGAGAUCGAGAGAGGGAUAGGGAUCGAGAUCGAGACCGAGAUGAGCGGGAUAGGGGAGAUAGGGAAAGAGAUUACAAGAGAAGGGAACGACCUAGGCUACAAACGAGACAUAGUAGUCAUGAGGAAAUCCCCGCAAGAAGGAUCAGAACGGAAAGAGCGGAUAGAGAGAGAGAUGAUGAAUACGAAGGGAGGAGUUUCAGAGAGAGAGAUCGAGAGAGAAGAGAAAGGGUUGUGAGUCCCGUGAGGGGAGUAGAUGGGAGGAAAUAUCCGGAUUGGAGAUGA